UCGGAUUUGGAGUGAGGAGGAGUCUGGGAGGAGGGGCUAAGAAAUUGCAGAAGCAGUGUAAAAGCCGCUCCAAGCUCCUGCACGGCAGAGAGCGCCGGGAGCCCGAGGGGAGCGCAGCUUUGGAGUCCUGGCCCGUGGUUGUGCAGUCCAGGUGGCUGGAUGGCAUGCUGGACCCAAGCUCAGCUCAGCGUCCGGGCCCAAUAAAGGCUUUUCCAAGGAAGCAGCUUUCAGUCCCGGCCACACCGAGGUGCAGAGCGUAAUGUCCAUGUUGUCCUACACUCUGAUCACAGCUCUUCUGAUCGGCGCCCAGGCAGACACGCAGGCAGAGAGCAAUGUCCCCGCAGGGCACGCCGUUCCCCAAGCCCACUGGACGAGCCUCCAACACUCCUUGGACACAGCCCUCCGCAGAGCCCGCAGCGCCCCAGCCCGGGCAAUAGCUGCCAGGGUGGCAGGGCAAACGCGCAACAUCACAGUGGACCCCAAACUUUUUAAGAAGCGGCGACUGCGUUCACCUCGUGUGCUGUUCAGCACCCAGCCCCCGCCCGUCGCUGCAGACGCCCAGCAUCCGGACUUCGAGGCCGUUGGUGUGGCCUCCUUCAACAGGACUCACAGGAGCAAGCGAUCCACGUCCCACCCCGUCUUCCACAGGGGGGAGUUCUCCGUGUGCGACAGCAUCAGCGUGUGGGUGGGGGACAAGACCACGGCCACGGACAUCAAGGGCAAGGAGGUGAUGGUGUUGGGAGAGGUGAACAUCAAUAACAGUGUGUUCAAACAGUACUUUUUUGAGACCAAGUGCCGGGACCCCAACCCCGUGGACAGCGGGUGCCGGGGCAUUGAUGCCAAGCACUGGAACUCGUAUUGCACCACGACACACACUUUCGUCAAGGCGCUGACCAUGGACGACAAGCAGGCUGCCUGGCGGUUUAUCCGGAUAGACACGGCCUGUGUGUGUGUGCUCAGCAGGAAGACUGGGAGGCGAGCCUGACCACACACCAGCCCCCACCCACCCCCAGCUCCCCUCCACACUCUUCUGGGCCCCUCCCUACCUC